AUCAUCUCACAGCAUGGCAUUCCAACCACACUCAUCUCCAACCGAGACCCUAAGUUCACCAGCAAGUUCUGGAAGGAACUUAUGUCUCUCCUCGGGACCAAACUCGCCAUGUCAUCUGCUUACCAUCCGCAGAGAGACGGACAGACCGAGCGCCUCAACCAAAUUGUUGAGCAACUCCUCCGAGCAGCCUGCAAGGACGAGAUCUCCAAAUGGGACUUGCACCUGCACGUACUAGAGUUUGCUUACAACAAUGCUAUACAUGCCGCUACUGGACAGACGCCGUUCUUCCUCUGCUACGGACGCCACCUACUCACACCACAAAAACCGACAGCAUCAGCUACAGUCCAACCAGCACAUGAUUUCAUCACAACCAUGCAUCAGCUUUGGGAUCGGACCCACAAGCGCCUACUCGACAUUCAACAGCAACAGAAGCGCCAAGCCGAUCGCCAUCGCAACGAUCACACCAUCAUGGUGGGAGACCAGGUGCUUCUUGACACCCGCAACCUGGACAUCAGCCAUCUCCCAUCUAAACUUCGACCUCGCUUCUGCGGGCCUUUUCUCGUUGAAGCACAGGUCACUCCUGUUACCUUCCGCUUACGCCUGCCAGCUACCUGGAAGAUUCACAACGCCUUCCACGUCCAACUUCUGAAGCCCUAUCGGGACCCGAACACGCUUUUCGUCGGACGCCAACCGCCGCCACCACCGGCCGUCCUCGUCCAGAAUGAACCCGAGUACGAGGUCGAGUCCGUGCUCGCACACCGCCGUCGUCGGAAUGGCACCGUGGAGCUUCUCAUCCGUUGGAAGGGUUAUGAUCCUUCUGAGGACAGCUGGGUCCCUGAGUCCGACAUGGGUAACGCCCGUCGUCCUCUGCAUGACUACCUUAACAAGCAGAGUGUUACUUCUACCACCCAGCUUUGAGGGAGGGGGAAGUGUGAGAGUACGACCGCGUUACGCG